GGAUUGUGGAUCCAAAGUAACACCAGUCUUGUCCAUGAGCAUAACCCCUCUGUAAGUCCAGAAAGAGAACAGAAGAUAGGUUUCCUGAUGGAUUUAAAAGGCCUGGAACAAGCAAGCCUGAAUGCUAAGCAGUGUAGGCUCAAGAGCCCUCAUAAGGAACUGAAUUACUCCUUAACUGAGAAAACCCAACAUGCUGUCUACCUGCCUCAAGAUGAGUGGAUAAUUGGAGAUCUGGAGGUGAGAAACCGCGAUACUCUUCAAGACAACCUGUUGCAUCAAUGCCACACAGUAGAGGGCGCCGUUGAUCAGAGACGUCCAAAUCCCUCCUUGGAAUGUUGGGUGUGUCUAGAUAACCAGCGUGAUAUGGCGUACAGUCACGCUGACAGGGACAUCAGCCCGUCUCUCCCUCCAGUUAUGAUCUGCACUGACCUACAGAUCCCUUCUCCUGUCAGGGCCACUGCUGGUCCUGAGUUGUGGAGCUUUAUCGCUGACACAUGUAACCCUUUUGGUUCUUCAUGCAGUGUGCAUGGCUCAUCCUGGGACAUGUCCAGUUCCAUUAAUCCCAGUUCUUCUGGUCACUAUCCAGUCAGUGCUGCAGCACAUCUUCACCUCCUGGGAGAGUCCUUGUCUCUCAUUGGGAGCCAUCUUGAGGAGACUGAUAAAAUGGUGUGUAUGUCGAGCAGCUUGUCUCUGCUUUUGGACUCUUUGCUGUGUGCGCUGGCUCCUCUAAUGUGCCUCACAACACAGAUACCCGAGCUGGCAAGCUGCACAGAGCACGCACUGGCCUCCGCUCUGGAAAAUGUUGCUUACAUGAUGCCUGGGCUUUAAAAGUUUAAAUGAAGAUGGAAGACCCCACUGGUUUUAUACCAAGAUGCUGCACAGACAUAUGUUACUUUUUCUCUUGGAGAAAUUACUUAUUUUUGAAAUGUCUUAAUGUGAGUAUUUGUUUAGUAAGCACAUGCAUUGCAUUGUGUUGGUUGUUUGAUUAAACAAUUUAUCUGAG